GCAAGACACAUGAGACUUGGUUGCAUGUGUCGUUCUGUGAGUAUAUGUGUCUUGUAGAGCUAGAGCUGUAUCUGUAGAGUGCUUUCAACUUCCUAACACUACGUCAACUACCACUACGACUACUACCACCACGCUACUCCUUUUGAAUUUUAUCACCGUGUGACGUCACAGGCUGAGCAGACGACACUUGGGCUGGUUAGAAAAGAUCCCAGUCUUUCUGGAACUGUCGUCUGCUGGGGUGGAAGCUGUUUGCUGAACAGACGAUCUCCCGUUUUGAGAAUUUCUGGAGUACGAUGAUCAAGACCUUAUAGGUUGAAGUGAUAUAGGAAAAUAAAUAGCCAGCAUGGAACCAGUAGAAAAUGGCGAAGCAGUCCGAGACAUGGGCGCGAACCGUCAGUUCACUGACCCUGACUUUGACACGAGUGUUGCUGAUCAUCGCCAUCAGUAUAUAGGUCUGCGCCUUCCACACAAACCCAAACGCCCGGGUCGAGGUCACAGUCACAGGCGUACAAAGGGAGAGUACAAAGUCAAUGAAGCAGCAUCUCCAAAUGAGGAUGUAUAUAUUCCACCACAAGCGUCCUUGACCCCGAGCGAGCAGAUUCACCAUCUGCUGGACGAGGUGACCGACGACGCCCACCAGACGCACGAUGUGUUCUGCCAGAUGGACAAUCUGUACACACUGGCGGGCGAGAGUGAGUGGCGGGAAAUGGCCAGAUGGGUGAAAUACGAGGAGGACGUGGAGGAGGGUGGGGAGCGGUGGUCUAAACCCCACGUGGCCUCACUAUCACUCCACUCCCUGUUCGAGCUGAGGAGCAGCCUAAUGAGUGGAUGUGUUACCCUGGAGAUGGACGCCUACCACAUCACACAAGUAGCAGACCUCCUGUUGGACAACCUGAUUGCGUCCAAGCUGUUGGAGGAGGAUUUGCGAGACGACAUCCGCAACGCCAUGUUGAGCCCUCAUAUAUUUCAACACACGAAGCGUCGGAGGGCGUCGCAGGCAGACAUAGACAACGCCCCUUUCCUUCGCCGGCUGUCCAUGAGGAGGAGCAUGUCCGACAAGUCCAGGAACAUGUCCACUAAAGGACGAGACACAAUGGCCAACUCGAGGAAUAUGUCUAUGAAGAGGAACCCCAAUAGUAACCCCAACUUUGAGAACGCGAACGGAGACCUGACGGAGUCUCCUUCUUCAGGAAAGCUGAAUCAGCAAUUCAUGAGGAAGAUCCCCGAGGGGGCCGAGGCCGCCAACAUCAUGGUGGGUGAGAUCGAGGGCCUCAAGUACCAAGUGGUGGCCCUGGUGAGACUGAUAGAGGGGAGGUCUCUAGGUGACCUCACCGAGGUCCCCAUCCCAACCCGGUUCCUCUUCUUCUUCUUCGGGCCGCCAGGCAGUCAGGCGAAGAACAUAGAGAUCGGCAGAGCCAUCUCGACCAUCAUGGUAGAUCAGGUGUUCCGGGAGGUGGCAUACAAGGCCAGGAACCGCCAGGACAUUCUGGCCGGAGUGGAUGAGUUCCUUGACCAGGUCACCGCACUGCCCCCUGGCGAGUGGGACCCCAAGAUUAGGAUAGAACCUCCCCAGAGUGUCCCAUCACAGGAACCCAGAAAAGUUCCCAAACCGAUCGAACCGGAAGAACCAGAGGAGGAAGAGAGUCACUGUGAUCCGACUCUCCAGAGGAGUGGGAGGUUGUUCGGGGGCAUGAUCGCAGACAUCAAGCGUAAACUGCCCUGGUAUGGCAGCGACUUCAAGGACUGCUUCCACAUACAGUGCGUGGCCUCAGUCAUCUUCUUGUACCUGGCAACCCUCACCCCGAACGUAACAUUUGGAGGCCUGCUCGGACAGGCUACAGAUCAGUACAUGGGGACCAUGGAAUGUAUUCUGACAGCUGCCAUCACCGGGGUCCUGUUUGCUCUGUUUUCUGGUCAGCCGUUGAACAUCCUCGGCAGUACAGGGCCUAUGUUGGUUCUGGAGAUGAUCCUCUAUCAUUUCUGUCACGACAACCACCUGGAUUUCUUACCACUACGUUGCUGGAUUGGGCUUUGGACGGCAUUCAUAUUGCUUCUGAUCGUAGCAUUUGACCUCAGCGCCCUGGUUCGAUACAUCACUCGGUUCACAGAGGAGAGCUUUGCGUGUCUGAUCGCCGUCAUCUUCAUCGCUGAGGCCUUCAAGAAGCUGGUUGGCAUCCUGAAAAAGGCCCCAGUCAAUACAAGGCCGGACAUGGAGCUCAUCUAUGACUGUGAGUGUUUCCCACCCAACAGCACCAGCGACAAUGGAACACUAUGGAACACGACGUUUGGUGACUUGGCCUCCUCCACGGCCAUCCCCGUCACCGCCUACAACAUCGCGGAUGGCAUGGAAGUCCUGAACUCCUCCUUGAAUGGCACGAUGGACAUGGUCGUCAACUGGACCACUGUCACCCACGAGGAGUGCACCAAGUUUGGCGGUGAAUUGAUAGGCGAGGGGUGUGAUACACCUCAUUAUGUCGGUGAUGUCUUCUUCCUGUCCGUUCUGCUGUUCCUCGGGACCUUCGUCGUCGCUUCAUCCCUCACCGGCUUCAAGAACAGCAGCUUCUUUCCCACAUUUGUCCGGCAAUCAUGCGCUGACUUUGCUGUGCUGAUCGCUAUCCUGCUCAUGGUUGGGAUUGACGCAGCUAUAGGGAUACACACUCCAAAACUGGAAGUCCCAGAAAAGUUCCAGCCUACACGUGGUGACCGAGGAUGGUUCGUCAACCCCUGGAGUGACAAGAACCCUUGGUGGAUGACCAUUGCUGCCGUCGUGCCAGCUCUCCUCGCCACCAUCCUUGUCUUCAUGGAUCAGCAGAUCACCGCCGUUAUCGUCAACAGGAAGGAGAACAAACUAAAGAAAGGAAGUGGGUACCAUCUGGAUAUGUUCGUGGUGGCUGUCUGCAUCGCCUUGUGUUCGCUGCUGGGCCUGCCGUGGUACGUUGCUGCCACCGUCUCUGCCCUCGCCCACGUUAUGAGUCUCAAGAAGGAGUCCGAGUGCACUGCCCCCGGCGAAAAACCAACUUUCCUUGGAUGCAGGGAGCAGCGAGUUACGGCUUUGAUGGUCGGUAUCCUCAGUGGUCUCUCCGUCCUCUUCACCAAAGUUCUAAAGUUUAUCCCCAUGCCUGUGUUGUACGGUGUUUUCCUGUACAUGGGAGUGGCUGCCCUCAAGGGUAUGCAGUUCAUCGACCGUCUAUUGCUGGUCUUCAUGCCCAAGAAAUACCAACCAGAUUUCACAUACCUGCGUCACGUACCUACAAAGAGGGUUCAUUUGUUCACCUUAAUCCAAGCCUUCUGUCUUGCCGUCCUCUGGGUCAUCAAGACCAUCAAGUCCGUCUCAAUCAUUUUCCCUAUAAUGGUUUUAGGCACCUGUUUCGUACGUAAGGGGAUGGACUACAUCUUUACCCAGCACGAACUGAAAUGGUUAGACGACAUUAUGCCCGAGGCCAACAAGAAGGCGAAGGAAGAUGCCAAGAAGAAGGCUCUAGAAGAGGCUGAGGACCUCCUACAGAACGACUACGACGACAAGAUGAUGGAGGUGAAGUACCACCAGACAAACCUGGGAGAAAAGUUCUCCCCAAAGACCAGGCGAUUCUCCACUGACACUGACAGGGUAAAUAUCUCAGAAGAGAUGUCCAAGACGGCUAUCUGGCUCAAGAUGAAACGGGAUAGUGAUGACCAGGGGAGGUCAAAGCGCAGAAAGUCUGAGAAGAAUGGACGAAAUGGACAUUCGGACGCCAGUAAACCUAAUUUCUAUAUGGGAGACGAAGAGGAGGCGAAAGAAAGAGAAAGCAAGAUAUGAACAUCCACACCAACUUCAAGGAAGGCUAAAAAAUAACCCAAAGAGGGCCUCAAUAAUCUUUCACUGCGUGUCUUCCAUUGGUCAAACUCGCUAGGGUUAAUUCAGUGACCUUUUGACCCGACGAAAAGGUUGUCAUAUUUUCUCAGAAAUCAUAUUUAAGUGCACUUAUGAACGUUACAACUGAUUUCGUUGAAAGGAAUAGAUUUUUAGACGAAAGAAAAUAGGCAUUGCCCAGAACAGGCAGUAUGUGUGCUUAUUAACCUGAUCGGUUGAGUAGAUGCGUUAACAUGAAUUAUAUAUGUCCAUUUUCCAGUCGAGUUGUUCAAUGCGUAGGAAUAUUUUCAAAUGACCAUAGAGACAAACCCUUUGGUCACAUUUUCACUAAUUGUUGGGCUAUGCAACAUAAAUAAUUCAGUGUAAGAGUUAAAACGUGCAGGAAUUAUGUCCUUUCCCACAAUGUACAUAUUCGUUAAAAUACCCUUUGAUUGACAGCUGUCACCCGCCUCAGUGAAUGUACAUUUCAACACCAUAACGUACCAAGGUGCCUUUCACAACAAUGCAAGAUAUGAGAUGUGUUUACUUUCUUAUUGUGAUGCUGAAAUCGGCCUCGUGUAUUUUAUUGCGAUUGAUUUGACGGUGGUUAAUCUAUUGUAUGAUUAAGGCCAGAUUAUAUAUUUAGAAACUGUAGGCAAGGAGAGCAUUUAUGUCUUCUCAAUUCCAACACACGUGUACAUAGUAUCGUUGUUAUUUUGUAACGAAAUGAUCCUUUGGAUUAUAUUCUAAUCACACAGAAACAUUUUGCUGACAAAUCAAAAGCGUAAAACAAAAUUGGACAACCACAGCAAUAUCUUUUGAAUGUGCAUGUUUAGAUUUAAUUCUUUCGUUAAAAUGUUUCAAUUAAGUUGGUUUAACGGAAAUUAAUCCUAGACAGUGUUCAUACAGUGAUGUCGGUAGUACAAAAUGUAAAUAUAACAAUGUCUGUUUAUCUAUAUGCUAUUAAGUAAUUGUAUGAAUUUCACAUGUUAGAUGUAUGGAUUUCACCUAUCAGGCAUGACAUCACAUGGCGCUGUGCAGAGUUUACAUACCAGCUUCGGGAUUUCACAUGACAAGUAUGGAUACCAGGUUUUAAAUGUGUACACACAUCCAAUUUCAACUGUACAGUAGUCAAGUGCUACAUACACAGAAUUCAUAUGUCAGCUAUGUCAAUUUCAUUGAUCAUCUGUUAGCGGCAGGUUUGGUUGGAAUGUCAUGUCUAACUGGAUGGAUUUCACAUACUGUUGUACGGAUUUCACUGUACUAUCACAGUACACGGUAUGGAUUUCACUGUACUAUCACAGCACAUGGUAUCACACUGUACAGCGAAAUCAUCAGGGUGUUAGAUUAAUAUCAGAUCCCGAAAUAUAUAUUUACCAAAGAUUGCAAUGUGUUACCCGGACUCUAAAAGUUGUAUAUAUUUUGGUUAAUAAAGUCAUGACAAACUA